CACGGAAAAGCAGAGCGCAAGAGAGAGGAGCAACCGUGGGGGGAGGGGAGAGAGAGAGAAAAAUAAAAGGAAAAGGAGAAGGAGAAGGAGCGCAGAGGAGCACAGAGGGGUCGAGGGGGAGGCGGAGGUGGAGCUUGGUACGAGGACGUUGGAGAACGGCCGUAGAUACAGUUAGUGGCGUCGCCGUCGGACGUCCUCGGGCGACGGCGCCACCGUCGUCCUCGUGCAGGCGUCCCUCGGCUAAAGUAGGUUAGGUCGAUGAGGCCACGAUGAUACCGCCGCCGCCGACGUCGCCGCCGCGGUUUCUGCGCAGCGGUCUCGAUUCACUCUGCCUUCUCUCUGCUGCGGGCUCGUCUUCUUCCUUUCUUCGAACCGACGAUUCCGCGAAUAGUCAUUCGCAGUUACGGCCGCUUGAUCGAUUUUUCAUGGUUUUUCGCGACGGUCUUUUCGAAGAAGGAUCUCGAGAAAUGUCGUAGGAAGUGGAGUACGGAAAUUAUAUCCUCGUGGGGGGUCCUAGACGAAAUUAGGGGGUCGGUGAAUUAAGAUAAAUUAUGAUAGGAGUAUUUGAUAAAUGGUAACGGAAUAUGUUGAUGGUUGUUCUUUGAGGUGUUUAGGAAGACAAAGAAAGAAACUGAUGAUUGUUGUUGACAGAAUGAUACGUGCGAGUGUAUGUAAGGCGCCAUAUUGGUCAAUCUUCAGAGUCGUCUAUAUAUGUAACAAAUAUUUAUGUUUGAGUUUGCAGAGUUGAUUACGCGAUAGAGCAUGAUUAUCUCAACAAAAGAUACAUAUGAGUGUACGUACGAGUGUAAGACCUGCGAGAGUUAAUUGUAUUGUACUUAAAAAUAUAAAUUAAAACGAACGUUCAAGGGAAAUUAGGAUUUAUAAACAAUGAAAUUUGGGAACUAUCGAUACAUUCCAUUUGUUUAAAUUUCCUUAUACUAUAUUGUUGCUGAAUUCUUUUUUCCAUUUCUCCCGUUUCUAUCAGAAUUUUUAUGAUUUUCUACUAUUAUAUUUCUAAAAUUAUUUCUGUCCGUUUGACAAUAAUGACAAUAAGUAUCAUAUAACGGGAGUACCAAUUGAAUUUUAAAUUACUUUAAUCUAAAAGGUUCCAUAAAUCCGCAAAAUGGAGGGACUGCUGAGCAACUAUCCUAGAAUGCUAAUGGUCGCGUGUAUAGUCACUCAUGACGCCACAGGAUCGAUUUUCCUGUUCCUGCCAUCUAGUUUCAGUCCGUUUAAAAAGUAGCGGCAACGAUAACCUAAAUUUCCGUAUAAUGCAUUCUACCGUAUUCACAUGUUUCAUUUAACCUGAUGUGUAUCUCCCAACAUCAUUUUUCAUCUAUUUAAAACACUGAACACUUAUCAAGAAUGCGUGAGAAUUUUUCAUGAAGACGCUUAUUUUUGCGAAAGCAACGUAUUCGAAUAUAAACGUAUUCGAUUCGAAUUUGCCCGCCAAUAAGACGACCAUUGGCGUGGCAAGCUUCUUUACGAGUGUCCGAUCGAUUUCUUUUUCACGAUUACUGCUGCGAUUAGGGUCGCUAUAUUCUUUGAAACUAUUCAGUAAUACACACAAGCUAUAGAAAGUUUUCAUAAAGAAAGAGAAAUACAAGCAUAAAGUAUACUAAUCAUUUUGUACAUUUAUAUAUUUUCCAAAGUAGUACAUUAUUAAUUUUUUAAUUUGUCAUGAAUAGACUGCGGAUCUUUAUGCGAAAUAAAAUCUUCGCGAAAGUGCCUAUAAAAAUUGAACCUAAAUAGGAAUUUAUUUUAUUCUGCAAAUAUUACAACAUGAACUUUACUUUCAAUCUUUCUUAUAUUCUUACACAUUGUUUGCAUUUUAUACUUUCUUGCACAUUCAAAUUGCCUAUAAAUCCAUAAAGAUCCGCAGUCUACUAAUCAUAUGUAUAUGUAUGUUACUUUCAGAGUUGAACAAUUUAUUCAAAAUGAUAAAGCAAUUUGAUUUCAUCCAUCCUCAUAAUUCUUCAAACGUUUCGUCCAGUUAAAAAUUGAUCUAAAUCAAAUCUUAAAAUUAUGUCAUCCCAUAUAAGUCCGUCCUAUAGACAUAUGUAUAUUAUGUUACUUUCAGAGUUGAACAAUUUAUUCAAAAUGAUAAAGCAAUUUGAUUUCAUCCAUCCUCAUAAUUCUUCAAACGUUUCGUCCAGUUAAAAAUUGAUGUAAACCAAAUCUUAGAAUUAUAUUAUCCCGUAUAAGUCCGUCCUAUAGAUCGUGUUCAUAUUUAAUAAAAGAAGAGAAAACAUAAGAAACUGUCGCUAAUAACCAAAGGUUGAUGCGACGUUAAAUAUGUAAUAAAAAAAAAAAAAAAAGAACUACAACCAAUUUUAUAUCGACGGUAUAAUGACAUUGCAAGAACUCUAGAAAACGAUCACAAAAAGAGCGGAUGAUAGCAUCUUUCCGUAAUAACAUUUGAGCGUAUCCUUUCCAUAUUAAUUUGAAUAGCAGAAUAAUAAGUGGCGCAAACUUGUAUGAUGAAUAAACAAAUAAAAAAUGUGUUCUACUCCAGAGAAAAUUUGGGGUAGAAAUUCAAGGCCGUAUUUAUGAAUACAUGUUCCGGUUUCUGUGCGUAUUACUCAGGUAGUGGCUCACGCACAAUCCCCAGUGUCCUCUUCAGAGUCUUUUCAUACAGGCACACGAUUGGGGCACUCAGUCCUUACCACGGGAGACCUGGCACUGUGCGACCCGUGUGCCUGCUGCGUCGCUGGUAGUCACCCUUAACACACCAGGCACAGAUCACAUGCAGAAACAAGCGAAGAUUUUUGACGUAAAAGCGUUUAUUGAAGAAGUCAGGAAACGUCCUCCCAUUUGGGACUCGACUAACGUGAACAACUCUGACCCGAGAAAGAAGAAACGAUGCUGGGAGGAAAUACAUUUAGUAGUCCAUCCAAACUACAAAGACAUGUCUCGCCAAGAAAAAGCUAGAGUUGCUCACGAUAUACGUAAAAGGUGGAAGAACAUUCGACAGAAUUACAAACGAGAAAUGGACAGGAAAAGGUUGAUUGAUUAUGACCCAAACCGGUCUGGGACACCCUAUCUCGACAGUUUAUCGUUUCUGGAACCAAUAAUUUUGGAUCAAAAGACGAAUUCGGGAGGAAAUGAUGAUGUGGAAGGAGAGGAGUUCCAGAGUGAACCAGAAGAUGCCCAAGUAUUACCUGAUUCUUCCCAACCAGUGACUUCUAAAUGUGGAGGUAACAAAAGAAGAGCUAUUGAGAAGGAAACAAAAUCCGAACCAUCACAAACAGGAUUUGUUCGUAAGGGAAUCAAAAGAAAAGCUACCGAGCUUAAUCUCUUACAAGCAGAAGAAAUUCUACCUGAGUCAUCUCAAUCAGACUCUUUAGAAUCUAGAGAAACCAACGGUAAGGCUACCAAGUCUAAUCAUCUUGAAAAGGAGGAAACUGUGUUCAAACCAUCUCAAUCAGGAUCUUCAGAAUCUAGAAGAACCAACAGUAAGGCUACCAAGCCUAGUCACCUUGAAAAGGAAGAAACUAUGUUCAAACCAUCUCAAUCAGGAUCUUCAGAAUCUAGAAGAACUAAUAGUAAGACUACCGAGCCAAACCGCGUAGAAACGGAGCAAACGUUGCCAAACCCACCUCAACCAGGGUCUUUCGAGUCUGGAGGACCUACAAGAGGAUCUCCCAAGGGAGACUGCAUAGAAGAACAUUACACGAGCUGUGAUCCAAAGUCUUUUGCAAAGACGUGCUCCAGAAGUGGACGACGACGACGACAAACAUUUCCUGUUGUCCCUUUUAAACGCAACGAGAGCUGUUCCGAAUCACCUGAAGUUAACGAUGAGGACAGAAAUGAUGCAAGUUGUCGCAAAAUAUCGCGACAUGGGUGCACAUGUCUCUUUGAAAUCCAAACGUCCUCCAGCCUAAUCAUUUAGCCCGAUGCAAUUCAUAAUUAAGUAAUCACUGUUAUCUUAGGCCGAUCGCACACGGCGCAACCGAUAUGAAAUUAGUGUUACACACCGUUUGCGCUUGUUGUUUUACCUACUAAAGAAUUGGAUCUACGGUCGCAUGCAACUAGUUUCAGAGUGGUUUGAAAUUAAUCGGUUGCGCCGUGUGCGAUAGGCCUUAAUCAUCAAAUUAUUGUACGA